GAGCUAACUUACUAGCUAUCUGAAACACAGAUAUUUAGACAUUUUGCCACCAAGUCCUCGCUUCAAAAGGCUUAUUAAUCAGUUUUAACCCUUUUGUCGCCUAAUUUUCAUCAUGGAAUUAUGAAGGAAACAAUGAGUCAACAGUUUUCCUCGGCGUCCCCUGGCUGCUGUCCCCCAGGGUCCCACAGUGACGCUGUCUUAGCAGAGGCUCCCAGCAGCAAGGAUAACAGAGACAUGGAGAAGGAUGGUGUUUUAACUGCUGAGAUGGUCUCCGGCUUCGUAUCCAACCUUGGACGCUGUGGCACUGGACUGCAACAUUUUUACCACCAGCUGUCUCUGCCUAGUCAAAAUCUGCAGGACAUCUCUGUUUUAUGCAAUUAUGUCCAUCUUCAAAAGCUGGAACUGCCACACAACAAAAUUAAAGAUUUAUCCUGUGUGAGCCACAUGCCCUACCUCGUCAUCCUGGACGCUUCUCACAACGAAAUCUCCAGCUUCUUUGGAUUCCAGCAGCCCAAGAACCUAAAAGAGGUCAAUUUCUCCCACAACCAUAUGACAAAAAUGAAGGAUUUGUCAGCCUAUUCAUCUCUUAGUAACCUGGAUUUGAGCUACAACAGUUUCAGAGAGAUCAGUGGUCUUGAGCAGUGUUGCAAGCUCGCCCAUCUCAGCCUGGCACACAACAAGAUCUCGAGGAUCAGCGGCCUGGACAGACUGCCUCUCACACACCUCUGCCUUAGGGGGAACCAGCUGGAGAGGAUUGAAGGGUUGGAGAAUCUGAAAAGUCUGCAGGUUCUUGAUUUGUCUCUGAACCGAAUCACCAGUCUCUCUGGCCUCCAGAAUCUCCACAUACUGGGCUCCAUCAAUCUGGAGAAAAAUCUGAUAAAUGAAAUCCAGGAGUGCAAACACAUUCAUGAUCUUUUUCUGUUGAGGGACCUUAAUCUGCUGGGAAACCCCAUACAGGAGCAACCUGAUUACAGACUGGCAGUGGUCUUCCUCCUUCAACAUCUGACUGUGCUGGAUCAAGAUAAAGUCACUGCAGAAGAAAAGGUGUCAGCAGUAAACAAGUAUGACCCUCCUUUGGAUGUGGUGGCAGCCAGGGAUCACAUGACCCACCUGGUGUAUCAGCUGAUGCAGCCCCAGGUGCUCUAUGACAGCACUUUGCCCAGUGCGGACUCUCCGUAUCCCAUGCUGGUUUUGACUGGUCCUGAAGGCUGUGGGAAGAGAGAGCUGGCUCACAGGCUGUGUCAGGAGUUGAGCGAAUACUUUGCCUACGGAACCUGUCACACCACUAGGGGGCCCCAUGUUGAAGAGGAGAGUGGAGUUGAUUACCAUUUUGUCAGUGAGGAAGAUUUUCAGAACAUGAUUCACAUGGGUAAGUUUAUCCAGACCAUGCAGUACAGGGGUCACCGCUACGGUCUGACCAGAGACGCCUUAGAGGAUGUUGCCAGAGAAGGACUCGCCUGCUGUGUGCAUAUGGAGCUCGAGGGUGUGUUCAGUCUGAAGAACAGCCACUUUGAGCCUCGAUACAUCCUACUCAUCCCCACCCAGAUGGAGAAGUUCAUGGGCCACCUGAAAAACUGUGGUCUCUACACGGCAGCACAGAUUGACAUAGUGAUGUCACGUAUUGAGCUCUACGCCAGCACCAACAGACAGCGAUUGGGAUUCUUCGAUAACGUUAUUCCCUGCGAUGACUGGGAAGAAGCCUAUCGGACACUGAGGCAGGUGGUGAAGGAGUACCUGUUACUAGAGGAGCAGGAGGACAGAGAAGACAACACAGGUUCCCCUGACAACACUGCCACAGGUCACGAGCCAGACGAGAAGCUACCCUCACCACCCCUGUCGAGGUCAGGAUCAGGCUCACUCACGUCACACUCUGCCACAGCCCUCGACCCCUCUGAUCCGUCUUACAGAAUCUAUUUCACCAAGAUCCAGGCAGAGCUCAGCCCUCAGAAGAGCCCCGCUGAGCUAGCGUCCAUCAGGAGGCGUGAGCAGCUGGUGAGAGAGGCUAUAGUGGGGAAGAGUCCAGGGGUCUACAGCCAGCUCUUCAAAAGCUCUGCGCCAACAGCACCGUCAUCGCUGCAGAAUCCUGAUGCCCAUUUUAGUGAGGACAGCAGCAGCUUAGAUGGGUCUCGUGCCAGUUCAGCUCUGACUGUGCCCAGUUCAGCUGGAGCCUUGUCUGGUUCAGCGGAGCCGCUUGAUAGGUCUGUCCUUGGACACACCUUGGAAACACUCAAAGACCAGACUCCUGAACCCACCACCCGUCCAGGCGCAGAUCAGCAAGCCUUGGCAGUGUCUCCCUCCUCUGAUGGACGUCCCGGAUCCAACGUCAAGCCCAUUCUGCCACCAAUCCCCACCGGGCGCAAGACCCCUGCAUCACCCAGCCCGGCUCCAUCACCCAGACCUCAGACACAGCAGUCUGUGAGGGAGGAGGUUUAGACAGGAGGGGGAGCUUUCAAGGUUUUAGGGUGUCUGAAUUAUACCACAAUUGUAAAUGUUCAAAGUCACUGGUUUUUAAAGAAUACGCCAUAGAAAUAGAGUAGAACAGACAUCCCCAUUUAAAGAAAUGCAGCAGGAUGGUCAGAGCGUAGACAUUUUUACGUGUACUAUUACCACAUUUUAGUGAGCUAACUUGCUCACUUUACUCACUGAGGUGAGGUUUACGGCCAAAUGAGCACUGUGGAAGUACAUUUUUAAUUAACUUUUAAAAUAUUGCUGUAACUAUUAUUUCCCUGGUUUUUUACCAUUUAUUUUGUGUUUGUUGAAAACUGUAAAUGACAAAAUGUAAAUGCCUCUGAAGAAAAGUGAGAGACGCUGCUCAGUGGACAGAUGAGAGGCAGAGAGA